CUCAAAUCCAAAUGACUUAAAGAAUGGAGUGAGCUCUCCCUCACCAGCACGGGAUUUUAAAUGGGAAGUUGGUAGCUUCUUCUGCCAGCCUGAAAGGAGGAUUCCAUCAACUCCUAGAGGACACAGCUGAGCAAAAUCCUUGCCAGGCCAUGGAUGGCCCCGGGAUGGAGUCAGAAGGCAGAAUCAACAAGACGAUCUCUUCUUUAAUGAGCCAUAAAAGGAACUUGACAUAUUUGCCCUACUACCAGCACUCCCCACCUGUUGCCGCUAUCUAUAUAAUCUCCUACUUGUUUAUUUUCGCCUUGUGCAUGGUUGGGAACAGUCUGGUUUGCUUCAUUGUGCUGAAGAACAGCCGGAUGAGAACAGUCACCAACCUCUUUAUCCUCAACCUAGCCAUCAGUGACCUGCUGGUUGGGAUUUUUUGUGUGCCCACCACACUCGUGGACAAUUUAAUCACAGGCUGGCCCUUCAGCAAUGGAAUCUGCAAGAUGAGUGGGCUGGUUCAGGGCAUGUCUGUGUCCUCGUCUGUUUUCACGCUGGUGGCGAUUGCUGUGGACAGGUUCCGCUGCAUCAUUUACCCCUUUAAAUCGAAGCUCAGUCUGCUCAAGGCCCUGAACACCAUCGCGGUCAUCUGGGUCCUGGCCAUCACCAUCAUGUGCCCUUCUGCUGUCAUGCUCACAGUGGUGCAGAUUGAGGAUCACUACAUGGUGUACAAUGACAACCAGAGCCUGGCUUACCCCUUGUAUUCCUGCUACGAGGCCUGGCCCAACAGCGAGAUGCGCAAGGUGUACACCACUAUCCUUUUUGCCCACAUUUACGUGGCCCCGUUGACCCUCAUCAUGGUCAUGUACGGUAGGAUUGGCGUCAAACUCUACAGGUCAUCGGGCCCGGUGAGCAAGCACAGGGUGGAGAACCAGGAGUGCUGCAGUGCUGCUGUCUCCAGGCGGAAGGUCAAGGUAAUCAAGAUGCUCAUUCUGGUGGCCCUGCUCUUCAUGCUUUCCUGGCUGCCCCUGUGGACGCUGAUGCUGUUCACAGACUACACCAAGCUGGAUGACGACCAGAUCGACCUGCUGACGGGCUACAUCUUCCCCUCUGCGCACUGGCUGGCCUUCUCCAACAGCAGCGUCAAUCCCAUCAUCUAUGGCUACUUCAAUGAGAACUUCAAGCGGGGCUUCCAGGCAGCCUUCAAGUUCCAAGUUUGCUCGGAAGAGAUAGGGCAUCACGGGGCCUAUUCGGAGAAGGUAAUGGGCAGCACCAGUGGCUUCAGCGCUCGCAACAAGAUCUUCACGGACAGGGAAUCCUCUGACUCCGUCUGCCUCAAGAACCUGCAUGCCAAAGCCCCCUGCCCCUUGCAGAAUGGACAGGCCCAGAAACAGGGACUUCACCUGCAGGAUAUUGAUAAAAUCACCCCUCUGAACAAAGUCUGCAAAGCAUGGGAUGAGUGAGACGGCUGGCGAGAUGGGAAUACUGUCUCUUUCCAUUUGCAAACUUCACUUUUAUUUGUUAUGGUGAUGCGUGUGCAGUGAGGAGUAUUUUCCCCUCAGGCCUGGUACCUAGCUAUUCAUGUUCUGUUUUGUAAAUGCAAAAUGAAUCGCAUGGAGCUGCUGUUCAAUAUUCCUACUGAUGCACAAAUAUCUGUCAAUCGCUUUCAGUGUAUAGUUGAGGCUAGCUGUCAUAUAAAAUGUCUAUGUAUUAAAGCUACAACUCCAUGCAGAGUUUCCUUGGCUUGCAAUCAGAAUGUGAUUCUUUUG